ACAAGUGCAGCCUGCACAUAGACAUGCUAAAGUAUACAACUAUACUUCAAUUUAAUUUUUUUAAAUAAAUAAAAUUCUUUUGUUUCCCUCUGAAAGAUACCCCCAAGUGUAAUUCCUGCAUCAUAUGUUCUAUUUUUAAUUUCUCGAGGAACCUCCAUACUGUUUUCCAUACUGGCUGUGCCAGUUUACAUUCCCACCAAUAGUGCAUGAGGGUUCCAUUUUCUCCACAUCCUCACCAACACUCGUUAUUUCUUGUCUUUUUUAAAAACAUCUUUAUUGGAGUAUAAUUGCUUUACAAUGGUGUGUUAGUUUCUGCUUUAUAACUGUUGUCUUUUUGAUACAGUCAUUCUGAUAGGUGUGAGGUGAUAGUGUGGUUUUGAUUUGCAUUUCCCUGAUGAUUAAUCAUGUUGAGUGUCUUUUCAGGUGCCUGUUGGCCAUCGUAUGACUUUUUUUGGGGAAAAUGUUUAUUCAGUACUUUUGCACAUUUUUUCAUUUUUCUUUUCUUUUUUAAUUUUUAUUUUUUUAUUUAAAAAAUAGUUAUUUAUUGGCUGCGUCAGGUAUUAGUUGCGGCGCGCAGGAUCUUUUGUUGCGGUGCAUGGGCUCUUCGUUGUUGUCGUGGGCUUCUCUCUAGUUGUGGCACUCAGGCUUAGUUGCCUUGUGGCAUGUGGGAUCUUAGUUCCCCGAUGCAUUGUAAGGCAGAUUCUUAACCACUGGACCACCAGGGUAUUCCCUAGGUCCAUCCAUGUUGCUGCAAGUGGCGUUAUUUCAUUCAUUUUUAUGGCUGGGUAAUAUUCCAUUGUAUAAAUAUACGACAUCUUCUUUACCCAUUCCUCUGUUGAUGGACAUUUAGGUAGCUUCCAUGUCUUGGCUAUUGUAAAUACUGCUGCUAUGAACACUAGGGUGCAUGUGUCUUUUUGAAAUAGAAUUUUCUCCAGAUAUAUGCCCAGUAGUGGGAUUGCAGGAUCAUAUGGUAGUUCUAUUUUUAGUUUUUUAAGGAACUUCCGUACUGUUUUCCACAGUGGCUGCACCAAUUUACAUUCCCACCAACAGUGCAAGAGGGUUCCCUUUUCUCCACACCCUCUCCAGCAUUUAUUACUUGUAGACUUUUUGAUGAUGGCCAUCCUGACCAAUGUCUGUUGCACUUCUCUACACUAACAAUGAACUAUCAGAAAGAGAAAUUAAGGAAACAGUCCCAUUUACCAUUGCAUCAAAGAGAAUAAAAUACCUAGGAAUAAACCUCCCUAAGGAGGCAAAAGACUGUACUCUGAAAACUAUAAGACACUGAUGAAAGAAACUGAAGUUGACAGAAACAGACAGAAAGAUAUACUGUGUUCUUGGAUUGGAAGAAUUAAUAUUGUUAAAAUGACCACACUACCCGAGGCAAUCUACAGAUUCAAUGCAAUCCCUAUCAAAUUACCAAUGGAAUUUUUUUUUUGCAGAACUAGAACAAGAAAAUUUUAAAUUUGUGUGGAAACACAUGUUCUCUUCAUCAUUCCCAUAUUGUUGAAUGCUUAUGUGUUUUAAUUUUUUCCACUUUAAAUCACAUUGUAUUGUUUGUCUUUUUUUUUUUAAAUUAUUUAUUUAUUUAUUUUUGGCUGCGUUGGGUCUCCGUUGCUAAGCCCGGGCUUUCUCUAGCUGCGGUGAGCGCGGGCUACUCUUCGUUGCAGUGCGUGGGCUUCUCAUUGCAGUGGCUUCUCUUGUUGCAGAGCACAGGCUGUAGGCGCAUGGGCUUCAGUAGUUGCGGCACGCAUGCUCAGCAGUUGUGGCUCGCGGGCUCUAGAGCACAGGCUCAGUAGUUGUGGCUCACGGGCUUAGUUGCUCUGCGGCAUGUGGGAUCUUCCCGGACCAGGGAUCGAACCCGUGUCCCCUGCAUUGGCAGGCGGAUUCUCAACCACUGUGCCACCAGGGAAGCCCUGUUUGUCUUUUUUAAAUAACUUUUUUCUGCAUAAACCUUUCCCCACCUCUGAUGGAUUCCUUAAAAGGUAUCCCCUGUUGGGUAUACCUAUAUAACUAUUAAACCUGAGAUUUAUAUUUUCUAAGGCUUAAACAGUAUUCUAGAUUUAUUUAUACAUAUAUAAAAGUACAUAUAUACUUUUAACAUAAACAUGAUUAUAUAAUAUUAUAUUCUUUGUUUUAUAUCAUUUCUGAUUAUGCAAUCUUUCUUGCCUUUAAAAAAUUCCAAUAAUAGAAAAACCCUACAUUUAGUGGAGUUUGCAGCUCUCUACCACCUUUUUUUUUUUUUUUUUUUUGCGGUACGCGGGCCUCUCACUGCUGUGGCCUCUCCCGUUGCAGAGCACAGGCUCCAGAAGUGCAGGCCCAGUGGCCAUGGCUCACGGGCCCAGCCGCUCCGCGGCACGUGGGAUCCUCCAGGACCGGGGCACGAACCCGCGUCCCCUGCAUCGGCAGGCGGACUCCCAACCACUGCGCCAUCUUAUUUAUAUUAGCUGUCCAUUUGUAUUUAGCUCUCCAUGUGGAAUCAUGUCUUCAUCACACUAGGCUUUUCCUCCACCAAAUGCUUCAGAAAGGCACCAUGGGAGCUAGUGUAGCUGGGGCUUGGUGACCAGUUAGUGAGGGUCUUCCUGUGGGUGCUGCAGUGGAUCAGCUCAUGUGGAUGGAUUUCCCCACCUCCCGGACUCCCAGCUGCAUUGGUCAUGGUUGCUGGCAAGCAGGUGACUGCCUCCAUUCCUGUUUUGCUUGUGUUGUCUCUGAGGAAACAGGAGCUCUGGGUCCAUAGGCCCAAUCCCUCUAUUCCUUGGAGGGACUGGGACAGGGGUCCUGCCUCAGCAGGCAACUGGAAAUGGAGCUCUGAGGAGGCUGCUACAGGUCAGACUUUCCUGGGACCCAUAUUUUGAUCUUUAUUUUUACCUCAAUGGGAAUCUGUGAUAUUUAUGCCAUCAGAGCACAACCAGAACCAUUACUCAUGUUUCACAAUUUCUGUGGGUGAUCCUGUGUGCUUCUGAAGUUCUGUCACCUUUUCAGCAGUGCCACAUUUUUACUCUCUAUGGAAAGAGGGCAAAACUCCCACUAUUUUGGGCGGUAACAUGUCUCCAGUCACCUUCCCAGUAGGGAGCUGCUCCACGAAGGGCAGGGUUUGCCCUUGACAAAGUCAAGGGUUUUGACAAAGUCAGGUGUUUCCUUUCCACAGAGGAGGGGACUAGACCCUUCCUUGGUCACCUGUGUGUCUCUAGGACCUGUCACGGUCCUCAGCACCUUGUGAAGUUGGUGUCCUAAGGUACCCCUAGUGGACACGUGUUCUCUGGCCGCAGCCUGGUGCUCAGACCGACGACAGGGGUCUUCAGGUACUGGGUGGAGAUGCGUGGUGGACACCACAUGGCCGAUACAGAGGUGCAGACGAUGGUGUCAUCUCCAUCCUCUCAAGGUUGUUGGACCCCAAACUUAACCAAGAGGCAGAGCCUGGGACCAGGACAGAGAAUGAGGGCGGCAUCCAGAAAGCCUGCCACCAGCUUGAGGUCCACCUUAAGGCAGGGCCCCCUUCCAUCCUUCCUCUUACUGUCACUUAAUACGCUCGGGGAGGGGGGAGGCUGGGAGGGGACAGGUGGGUGAGAUACCUGAGGCUCAGCAGAACCCAGGCUGGAUGCCAGGGACAUGCCUUUGCCAUCUCGCUGCCUGAGUCAGGGAGAGUCCUCUGUCCCUGAAGAAGGAACAAGUACAUGUCGUGGGGGCCUGCCUUUGUCCCAGGAGCUCCAGGCUCUUUUUCAUGUCUGGGUCCCACAUGGCACCUGUCCUGACACUUACUCCUCGGCUUAAGAUGGAGGAGACAAGGCUUGUCCCCUGAGAAGCCAAGUGCUGCAGGGCACCUACACGCCGGCCUGUGAGGGGCCUGAGUCCUGGCGAGGAGGGAGGGGGUGGACGAGGGAAGGCUGAGGCCUGAGAUGAGGCACCAGAAGUCAGACUGAUAGAGCCCCUGGGCCAGAGGAGGGUUUGUGAAGUCCCCCAGGGCUGAGUGGUGAUAGGAGAUGGAGCUGGCGGGGGCUCAGCGUUCUCCACUGCGUGAGAGUGGCGUUUGGCAGUCAAGAUGGCCCAGAGGGAGGCCCAAGGGCUCUAGAAGGUUGUGAUAAACCAGGCCAAUAAAGAGGAAAACACAACUUUUGGAUUUUCUUUACUUUGUUCACUCUUUAUUAGUGAUCGCUUAAAAAUUCCUUUUGACAACCAUCCCAUCUCUGCUGAACUCAGGGUACGGAGAGUCCAGAGGCUGCUGGAGGAGGGGAAGGGAGAGUCAGCCUUGGCCCCCCCCAAGCACCUGCGUAUCUGGGAGGGAGAAGCGCCAGCCUCUGCUUCACACCUGUGCACCUUCCCGGCAGCCCAUCUGUGUGCUGGGCAGUGUUUAGGGUCAGGACCCCCGCCCCCAUGGUCCCCCUCCUCAGGGAGACCCCCCCCACCCUGGCCAAGAGUGGAAUAGUCUUCUCCGGUUUCUGGUAAUUUCAUCAGGGCCUCAUCGUGUUGCUGCAGCUACAGAUAACAUCUUCCUGUGGGUAACUCUUCCCCGCCAGAGCCCCCUGAGGCUGGCCCCGAGCUCAGAGGAGGGACGCGGGGGUGUGGGAUGAGUUUGGGGGUGUGAGGGUCUCUUAGGCAGAAGUGGGUCGGCUGGGAUGUCAGAAUAGCGCUGAGGAACGCUGCCAUUUGCCAUUGGAAGCUAUGGAAAAAGGGAAGGGGCAGGAGCUGGGCAGGGGCCUGGGGAGGCCCCUGAGCUCCUGGAGCUGCCGUGGGUUAUGCUGUCUCCUGAUACCUCCAGCUAGGCCCUCCUAACAACACCCAAGCCCAGGUGCAGACACAAAGACCCACACCUCCCAGGUUGGGCGGCGCACUGGCCCCAGCACAGGGCCACCUUAACUGGGCAGCCCUCUGGGCGGGGCACGUCACGGAUGCCAUCUGCGCGACACCAGGUGGCACCCAGGCCUGAAGCAGGACCUGGUGUGCGCAGCACAUAGCUCCCAGCCUGCUGCCCAGCUCCUCACGCUGGGUCUCCGCCCAGACCAUGACCCAGGGCGUCUUGGAGGCUGACAGCCCCGGCUGGGGCUGGGACGGGGAUGGGGACGAAGACUGGGAUGGCAUCGUGCUGACCCUGCUGGCGCUGGCUGUGGUGGCCGCCACGGCACUAGCUUUGCACUGGUUUGGCUCUGGGCAGGACCAGGAGGCGGCAGGUCCAGCAUCCACAGCCCCUCGACCUUCACAGGUGGGAGGACCUGGGCCAGCCCUGCCCCCGAAAUCCAAGGUCAGUGGUGGUGCCGAGGGACACAGCCCAGGGCAGGAGAAGCCACACCCUCCAGGACGUGGCCAGGGGAGUCCAGCUGCAGCAGGGGCCCAGGAUCAGGAGCCCCCGCGAGGUGAAGAUCUGGCUGCUACAGCUACACCUCCACUCAAGACACCUGGUGAGGUGGCCAGCGGAGGGGCCUUGGGACAGCAGCGUGGUGAUGCCACUCCAGAAGCCCCCCGAGGAAAAGGAAGGGAGCCUCGCAGGCCAGGUGCUGCCCUCCUGGGUCAGAGCAAAGCAGAGGGGACGUCUGCCCCCCUCCUGAUACACUUCACCCCCCGGAGUCCUGGCGGAGAAAUGGAGGUGCAGGUAGAAGCAGGAGGCGUCCAAGCCAAGGCACCAGCUCACCAGGCCCUCGUCCACAUGGUGGAACGGGACACCAGCCCCUGGCAGCAAGGUGUGGCGUCACCUGGCUCACUGGGGAGGGGCCCAGGCAGCCGCCGGUGGCAGGUGGACCGCAGCUCAGGAGAGAGAACCUGCCGCUCCCCAAGGCUGGACCCCCUGUCCCUGGGCACUGUGGUGAGUGUGUGGGAUUCUGUAGGUGCAGCCAGCAGCCUCCCCGCGGGCUCCCAGGGGCUCCCUUUGCCCCAGGAGCUGCCCCCAUCGUACACCCUGAAGACUAGUCCCCCGAUGGAUGUCUCAGAGAGGGGGCCUGGGAAGAGCAGCCCCCAACAAGCCCCAGUCCUAGCUCUGGACUCAGGAGCCAAAGCUACUGAGAGCAGGGAGGCUGGGACCCUGGCCCCCAGGGAGUCUCAGAGGUCCCCAGCCUCCGUGGAAGGUUGGCCCCGGGUGAGGAGGGAGGUCCUUGUCACCGGGAGCUUCAGCGAGGCCCCAGGCUCCAUGGGCCUAUCACAAGAGGGGCCACAGGGGGGACACCGACUCUUGUCCCAAGGGGAGGGGACCACAGAGGCCAGCACUGCGGGUGAGGCUGGGGCUAACGGCUCUGGAGACCACCCUUUCUUCAGUUCAGGGCCUGAAGGGACAAAGGAGCAAGGGGGCCACAGUGUUACAGAAGGGAGAGGAUCCCUGCAAGGCCAGGUGGCUGGCGGCUCUGACAGAGGGAAGCGAGCUGCAGAGGUUCGCAGCUGCGUGCCCUCCCCAAGCCCCUCCCUCACGUCCUCUUCACACACCCCUAAACCCCUCCCACCCACAGCACAUCCCCAUCCAGGUCUCUUACCUGUAGCCCCAACUCCUCUGAACUCCUCUCUGUCAGUCUCUUUGCCCCCCAGAGUUGGCCAGGGUCCUGCUGAGGAUGAAAAUCUCAAAGCAGGCCCAUCCCCUGCCCCAGGCCCAUCCCCUGUCACAGCUGCAGCCCCUGCCCCAGGCCCAUCCCCUGCCCCAGGCCCAUCCCCUGUCACAGCUGCAGCCCCUGCCCCAGGCCCAUCCCCUGCCCCAGGCCCAUCCCCUGUCACAGCUGCAGCCCCUGCCCCAGGCCCAUCCCCUGCCCCAGGCCCAUCCCCUGUCACAGCUGCAGCCCCUGCUCCAGGGCAGUCAGGAGGGGCAGUUCUCAACUAG